AUAAAAGAAAGAUAGAUAGCAAAGAAGGUCGAGGUUGUGCACAGUGGAAAUGGAGGCCAUACUAGCGUCCCGGCACUUCUCCACUACUACCCCUUCUUUCUCUCACAACCGAACCUUGUGGUCUUGUUCUGCCAAAUCAAUCAAGCUUUCCUCUCCUUGGAUUGCUUCAACCACACCCACUGCUUCCUUCUCUUACAGAAAUUUGUUCACUAAAGAGAUAUGGGGUUGGUUGAACUCCAAGAGCGUUGGUGUGAGUGUGAAAAGGGAGAUGCGCGGUGUUGUGAGAGCUGAAAUGUUCGGGCAAUUAACAAGUGGCCUUGAGGCUGCAUGGAACAAGCUCAAAGGAGAAGAGGUUUUGACCAAAGAGAAUAUUGUGGAGCCUAUGAGAGAUAUUAGGAGAGCUCUUUUAGAAGCUGAUGUUAGUCUUCCUGUUGUUAGAAGGUUUGUGCAAGAUGUCAGUGAUCAGGCUGUGGGUGUUGGCCUCAUUCGAGGAGUGAGACCAGAUCAGCAAUUGGUUAAGAUUGUACAUGAUGAACUUGUAAAAUUGAUGGGUGGAGAGGUCUCUGAAAUGGUUUUUUCCAAAUCUGGACCCACUGUCAUUUUAUUGGCUGGACUCCAGGGAGUUGGGAAGACAACCGUUUGCGCCAAGUUGGCCAAUUAUCUCAAGAAACAGGGAAAGAGUUGCAUGCUAGUCGCUGGGGAUAUUUACAGACCUGCUGCUAUUGACCAGCUUGCUAUUUUGGGCAAACAGGUGGAUGUGCCUGUCUAUACAGCAGGUACCGAUGUUAAACCUUCAGAAAUUGCUAAACAAGGUUUAGAAGAGGCAAAAAAGAAGAAAAUUGAUGUAGUUAUUGUUGACACUGCUGGUAGGCUGCAGAUAGACAAAGCUAUGAUGGAUGAGUUGAAAGAAGUGAAGCAGGCAUUGAAUCCAACAGAAGUUUUGCUAGUUGUCGAUGCAAUGACAGGGCAAGAAGCAGCAGCCUUGGUGACUACUUUCAAUCUUGAGAUUGGAAUAACAGGUGCCAUCUUGACGAAGCUAGAUGGUGAUUCAAGAGGUGGAGCAGCUUUGAGUGUCAAAGAGGUAUCUGGAAAGCCAAUCAAACUGGUAGGACGAGGGGAACGCAUGGAGGAUCUUGAACCUUUCUACCCUGAUCGAAUGGCAGGACGCAUACUAGGAAUGGGAGAUGUUCUUUCAUUUGUGGAGAAGGCACAAGAAGUUAUGCGUCAAGAAGAUGCUGAAGAACUGCAAAAGAAGAUCAUGAGUGCAAAGUUUGACUUCAACGAUUUUCUAAAGCAAACUCGUGCUGUUGCACAAAUGGGUUCUGUGUCUCGUGUCAUUGGAAUGAUUCCUGGUAUGGCGAAGGUUACUCCUGCUCAAAUUCGAGAAGCAGAGAAGAAUUUGAAGAUAAUGGAAGCAAUGAUAGAAGCAAUGACCCCUGAGGAGAGGGAAAAUCCUGAACUAUUGGCAGAAUCCCCUUUCAGGAGGAAAAGAGUUGCUCAAGAUUCAGGGAAAACAGAACAGCAGGUAAGCCAAGUUGUAGCUCAACUAUUCCAAAUGCGUGUUCGAAUGAAGAACCUGAUGGGUGUAAUGGAAGGUGGAUCACUUCCAACUCUUAGUAAUCUUGAGGAAGCGCUUAAAACAGAGGAAAAGGCUCCACCUGGUACUGCAAGGAGGAGGAGGAGAUCUGAAGCAAAGAGACUAUUUGCGGACUCAGCACCAGCAAGGCCAGCUCCUCGUGGUUUUGGGAGCAAAAAUUGAAAAUAUCUAAAGGUGACACUCAACAAUAUAAUGUAAAGUUUGGAUGAACGAGUCACUAAUGAUCAACUUGUUUGAUUUAGCUUUCUUCAGCUAAAAUAAUUAUUUUCCAUCAGUAGAUCAAUUCAUAGAGCAAUGAUCCUUGUCCAAUAUAAUUUGGAGUUUGAUGUAAUUUAGACAGAAAUGAGUUAUACUAUGCAGGAUAUGCAAAUCUAAGAAACAUGAGUGUCCUUGUACAAUCUCAACUUUGUAUCUUGGCGAGGAAGUGGAAUGUUAUUCAGAGACCGUCCAAUAUUUUUCGUGUGUUUUUCUAAC